GACCCUGAAAAGGAAAUAGGAAGGCAGGUUCCAUCCAUCGGGCCUCACAUGUUGCCUUCCCAUUGUUAUGGACCCUCUGGCUCCAUCUCUUUCCCUUUCUCUUUCUCUGACCCUUGACUUUCACUUUCCCCGUGUUUUCAAAAGCGCAUGGUUCCACUGAGCUUCAACAAAGUGCUUUGGAGCCCCCCAUUUGAGGAUCUUUGCUGUUUCCCUUUUUUUUUCUACUUGCGGAGAGGACAAGCUGGGGCGGUUGAGUACUCGGUUCUCUUCGGUUUCAAUCUUCUAGUCCUCGGGACUCAUAGAAGAAGUAAAACAGCAGAGAGGAAGAAGGGCUUGAAACUUGAAAGGACAAUUUGUCAACAAAGUCUGUUUCAUUUGUUGAAUCCAAGACUCCGAUUUGCCUGUUCUUAGUAUUUGAUGUUUUAAUUAUGCAACUUUGUGUUGCAAAAUUUCAAUACUCUGACAGUCUUGAUGUUCAAACAAGUUACAAUUGAUGGUAUGAGCACAAGCUUGUAAUUGUUAGUGCUGGUUGGUUCCUUUUACUAUUGAGGUAUGGCCGGUAUAGAUGUUACAAGGUAUGCUCAUAGUCCUGUGCACAAGGCCAUCAUUUUGAAGGAUUAUGCUGGCCUCAAGAAAAUACUGGGGCGUCUUCCACAACUUGGUAAUCCAUCUAACAUUCGCACUGAAGCAGCUUCAAUAACUGAGGAAGAGAAGGCUGAUGUCAUUUCUGCUGUAAUUGAUCGGCGUGAUGUGCCAAAUCGUGAUACCCCUCUUCACCUGGCUGUAAAACUUGGUGAUGAAGUAGCCACUGAGAUGCUUAUGGUGGCUGGGGCAGAUUGGAGUUUGCAAAAUGAACAGGGAUGGAGUGCCCUUCAGGAAGCUAUAUGCAACAGAGAAGAGGUUAUUGCCCGGCUGAUAAUCAGACAUUAUCAGCCUUUGGCAUGGGCAAAAUGGUGCAGAAGAUUGCCUCGCUUAGUGGGGACCAUGCGAAGAAUGAGAGACUUCUAUAUGGAGAUAACGUUCCAUUUUGAGAGUUCUGUGAUUCCUUUCAUCUCAAGGAUUGCACCUUCGGAUACUUACAAGAUUUGGAAAAGGGGAGCAAAUCUGAGGGCAGACAUGACUUUGGCUGGUUUUGAUGGUUUUAGAAUUCAGAGAUCAGAUCAGAGCAUUUUAUUCUUGGGCGAUGGAUCUGAGGACGGGAAAGUCCCUCCUGGGUCACUCUGCAUGAUCUCGCACAAGGAUAAGGAAGUAAUGAAUGCUCUAGAUGAUGCUGGCUUUCCUGCAACUGACGAAGAAGUUAAGCAAGAAGUGGCUGCAAUGUCUCAAACUAAUAUAUUCAGGCCUGGGAUUGAUGUUACCCAAGCAGUCCUUUUGCCCCAAUUGACUUGGAGGCGACAGGAGAAAACAGAAAUGGUCGGUCCUUGGAAAGCCAAGGUGUAUGAUAUGCACAAUGUAGUUGUAAGCAUUAAAUCUAGAAAGGUUCCUGGUGCUAUGAGGGAUGAUGAAUUAUUCACAUCUAGCAAUGAAAAUGAGACAGAGAGUGAAGAACUUAGUGACAUUUUGACAGAGGAUGAAAGAAGACAACUGGAAGAUGCAUUGCAGUUGGAUUCAGCAGAAAUGAACCAUGAAAGCUGUGAGGAGAUCAUUGGUCAUCGCCACAGUUGUUAUGAACAUAGGGAUAUUCCCAUUGAAGAUGCUAACAACUAUAAAAAUGGAGAAAAUAAGCAGGACAAGAAAGGAUGGUUUGGUGGAUGGAGAAAGAAGGAUUCUAAACAUGAUGCACAAAAAAAGAUUGCUCCGCCAAGAAGUUCCCUCUGUAUAGAUGAGAAGGUGAGUGAUCUAUUGGGAGAUUCUCCUUCAAGGAAUCAGAUUAAGCCAGGAAGACAUUCUGUUGAGAUAGCUGUAAGGGGUGAUGAGCAACGGAAGAAGAAAGAUGCCAGAGCUACUUCUACAAAUUCUGAUAGCAAGGGUCAUGCAAAUCGUGAAAGUGAGUACAAGAAAGGAUUGAGGCCUAUUCUGUGGCUUGCCCCAAACUUUCCCCUCAAAACUGAAGAGCUACUGCCAUUACUUGACAUUGUUGCAAACAAAGUUAAAGCAAUUCGACGUUUAAGAGAACUUCUCACAACAAAACUUCCAAUGGGAACCUUUCCAGUAAAGGUUGCCAUCCCUGUGGUUCCCACUAUCAGAGUAUUGGUCACUUUCACCAAGUUUGAAGAGUUACAGCCAUUAGAUGAAUUUGCAACACCCCCGUCAAGUCCUUCUGCUACAGGCCGUGAGAGCCCUGCAGUGACACAGUUCUCAGCUUCAUCUUGGUUUCAGUGGAUAAAGGCUCCUUACCAUCGCCCCAGCUCAUUGGCUGCAACUAGUUCGAGCAGUAGCCGGAUAGAAAAUAUUCAAGACCCAUUUGCAAUUCCCUCAGACUAUACCUGGAUCACUGCCGAAGCGAAGAGAAAGAGGAUGCAGGAGAAGAAUAAAUCAAAGAAAGGAAGAAGUCAUAGCUAAUGAUUUCAUGAGUAACCUCUAAACUUUGGAGGAAAUGCUUCCAAACGGCAAAAAGUGUUUCUUCCAAGCUCAACAAUUGAAGUGUGUAAUAUGGAUAACCAUUUGGGAUUAUUUUCCCCUGUAUUUUUGGGGAGGGGAAUGGGGUUGUGGCAUAGGGAAAGAUAUUGUGAUUCUUGCUUCAUUUGCUGAACAUUGUAAGUUUAAAUCAUAGAUUUGUUUACUCUUCUUUUCAACAUGUGACAGCCAUUAACACAGUAGCUUUGGGCUACUUUUGUCAGUGUGAUUGGGUGCUUUUUAAAAACUAUUUUGAUAUUUUCACUUAAAUUUGUUGAUGUAAAUAAACUGAAAGCCAGCUUUGGGUUCUUUGUAUCAGAAUACUUUGCCUUGUCUGA